GAUUUUUGAGAACUGAACCUGCUUUCCAAAGUGUCUGGUUCAUUGCAGAACCAGAGCCAGGCAUUAUGCAGUGCUGUGCAACACUGUCAUUCUACCCAUUUCAGAGCUCUUCAGUAUGAAUACUGAAUAAUGAAUAAUGAAUAAUGUUUGAAAACAGAUGCUUCACUUCAGCUGCUGACAACAAACUUCCACCCAAAUUAUGGACACCUUUUGAGCCAGAGUUAGAGGAGGUUCUUGUGCCCCGUAAGCUAUCAGUUUCACCUUUGGAAAGCUGGCUUUCUCUGCGCUACUCUCUACCCCCAUUGCUGGAGGCUUCUCCUCCUCUGGGAAAAUCCAUGGUGCUGCCUCCAUUUGCGCUGCCAUUACUGGAGGAUGGGGAAAGCUCAACACCACUGAACUGCAAGAAUGUGCUGCAGAUCCGACGAAGGAAGAUGAACAGGCACAAAUACAAGAAACUGCUAAAACGGACCAAGUUCCAGAGGAGGAGAGUGAAAGAUGUCAGGCGGAAGAAAAAGCAGGCUCAGUUUGAGAGAGAUCUUACCCGAAUCGUUAGGAGAGCUGGACUGAAGAGAGCCCCAGAUGGAUGGACAGCACCCCAAGUCUAUGUCAGAAUGAGUCAGAAUAAAAUAAAUUAAUCCUUUAACAUCUGUGUUAUUUAAAUAUUUUUGUGUUUUUCAUAAUACCAUUCACUCUACUGUUACUGCAUCUGGAGCAAAACAGUGAUAUGAAAUGUACUGCAUAUGUGCUUAUUACUGCAAUAAAAAGACCUCAU